AUGUUAUCACUUUUGUGGCAUAUCACUCACUACCCGACUUUUGGUGUGGUAGGGUUACGAAAAGUCGAGCCGUACCCGUUCGUCUACGAGACCUUCGUCAAAGGCCGAUGGCAGAAGCGCCCGUUGAUCGAGACCUUUGCCAUUGAGUUCCAGGAUAAACCGCGGGAAUACUACGCGGAAGCGAUCAAACGUGGCGAUAUCCUCAUAAACAACCAACCCGUCACAACAGACUACAUACCCCGCAACAACGAUAUACUUACGCACGCGAUUCAUCGACAUGAGCCGCCUGUGACAGCGCAGAAGGUGGAACUUUUACGGGUGGAUGAGGAUCUGUUGGUGGUUAAUAAACCGAGCUCGCUACCUAUCCAUCCUACGGGCCGGUACCACCAUAACACUGUCCUGCACAUUCUGCGAAGUCCGGAGUUUGGCUUGGAGGAGUUGUACCCCGUCAACAGACUAGACCGCCUAACCUCCGGCCUCUGCCUCAUCGCCCGCACCAAAACGGCCGCGCAGAACCUAAUGGCAGUCUUCCAGGACCGCACGGUCGAGAAGACGUACCUGUGUCGGGUUCGCGGGGUGUUUCCUGAGGAGGAAAUCACAUGCUCGGAACCCAUCCUAACCAUCUCCCCCAAACUCGGCAUCAACGCUGUCUCGCCCGACGGCAAAGAAUGUACAACCGUCUUCAAACGACUCUCCACCAACGGUCUUACCAGCGUCGUCGAAUGCAAACCGCUAACAGGCCGCACCCACCAAAUACGCGUCCACCUGCAGUUCCUCGGACACCCGAUCGCUAACGACCCGUUGUACUGUUGUGAUGUCUGGGGGAAGGAGAUGGGGAAGGGUGGGGUCGCCGCGGGUGACAUCGACUCGAUUGUGCGACAACUUGGUCCGCAUGCAUUUCCUGAUUUGGCGCCUGUUUCCGCAUCGGAGCCUGAAGAUACCGCCCCACAACCACAACCACCUCAGCAACAAGAACAACAAGUAACCCGCACCUUCCCCCCCGCACCAGGCUGCACCGAAUGCCUCCUCACCCGACGCGACCCCACCCCCGAACAACUUAGCAUCUGGCUCCACAGCUGGCGAUACGAAUGGGACGGGAAUAUGUAUGAGACACCGAUACCCGAGUGGGCUCAGGAGGGGUUUAGUGGGGAUAAAGUGUUGGAAGUGCGAUUUUGGAAGUGGGGGGGAAAGUGGGAUGGGAGGGCUGCUGGGGCGGUUGAGGAGGGGGAGGGGUAG